UUGUCGCAUGUUUGGUGACGUUCUCCAACUGACUCGAAAGGUCUCCGAUGCGAGGCCUAGUGAAUUUUGUAUUCCUCCGGCCAAUUUUGAGCAAAUGUCUACAUACCUAAACCCGUUUUGAGCGGGUUGUUUUCUUUAUGAGGGAUUUUAUCGGACGAAAGAAGGGCUUUACCUACUCAGCGCGGUCUCCUCGCCAUCGAGUGAAUUAACUCGAAGCGCGUAUCUGGAGUGGAGGAAACGAGGGUUGGAAAGAUGACAUCUCGGAGGUGGUUCCACCCCAAUAUCACUGGUGUGGAGGCUGAGAACCUUCUGCUAACCCGUGGAGUGGACGGGAGCUUCCUGGCCCGUCCCAGCAAGAGCAAUCCUGGCGACUUUACCCUAUCUGUCAGGCGAAAUGGGGCAGUCACCCAUAUUAAGAUCCAGAACACGGGAGACUACUAUGACCUGUAUGGAGGGGAGAAGUUUGCCACGUUGGCUGAGCUGGUGCAGUACUACAUGGAGCACCACGGCCAGCUGAAAGAGAAGAAUGGGGACGUGAUUGAGCUCAAAUACCCUCUCAACUGUGCCGACCCCACUUCAGAGAGGUGGUUUCACGGACACCUUUCGGGUCGGGAGGCGGAGAAGCUACUGACGGAGAAAGGGAAGAAUGGCAGCUUCCUGGUCAGAGAAAGCCAAAGUCAUCCUGGGGAUUUUGUGCUGUCCGUACGAACGGGAGAUGAUAAGACAGACAGCAGUGACAGCAAACCCAAAGUGACCCACGUCAUGAUCCGCUGCCAGCAUGAUAUGAAGUAUGAUGUUGGUGGCGGAGAGAAGUUUGACUCCCUGACAGACCUGGUGGAACACUACAAGAAGAACCCCAUGGUGGAAACACUGGGCACAGUACUUCAGCUGAAACAGCCUCUGAACACCACACGCAUUAAUGCAGCUGAGAUCGAGAGUAGAGUGCGAGAGCUCAGCAAGCUGGCUGAAGCCACUGAUAAGGUUAAGCAGGGCUUCUGGGAAGAGUUUGAGACACUUCAGCAGCAGGAAUGCAAGUUGCUCUACAGCCGCAAGGAGGGUCAACGUCCUGAAAACAAAAACAAGAACAGAUACAAAAACAUUCUACCUUUUGACCAUACGCGAGUGGUUCUCAAUGAUGGUGACACGAAUGAGCCAGGCUCUGACUACAUCAAUGCCAACAUCAUCAUGCCUGAGUUGGAGUCAAAAUGCAACAAUGCAAGAUUAAAGAAAAGCUACAUCGCCACUCAAGGCUGCCUGCAGAACACAAUAAGUGACUUCUGGAGGAUGGUCUUUCAGGAGAAUUCCCGAGUCAUUGUUAUGACAACUAAGGAGGUGGAAAGGGGCAAGAGUAAGUGUGUAAAGUACUGGCCAGACGUGUCAGCGCUAAAGGAAUAUGGGGCUAUGCGAGUUCGCAACGUAAAGGAAACGUCGGCCCAUGAUUACAUCCUACGAGAACUGAAGCUUUCAAAGGUUGGACAGGGCAAUACAGAGCGCACUGUGUGGCAGUACCAUUUUCGUGCCUGGCCUGACCAUGGCGUACCCACAGACCCUGGUGGUGUCCUGGAUUUCCUGGAGGAGGUCAAGCUAAAGCAGGAGAGCAUUCUAGAGGCUGGCCCAAUUGUGGUGCACUGCAGUGCUGGGAUUGGACGAACAGGAACGUUUAUUGUGAUUGACAUCUUAAUAGACAUCAUCAGAGAAAAAGGAGUGGACUGUGAUAUCGAUGUCCCAAAGACUAUCCAGAUGGUGCGUUCACAGCGCUCAGGAAUGGUGCAGACAGAGGCACAAUACCGCUUCAUCUACAUGGCAGUACAGCAUUACAUAGAGACUCUCCAGCGCCGCAUAGAGGAAGAGCAGAAAAGUAAAAUCAAGGGACGUGAGUACACAAACAUCAAAUAUUCCCUGUCAGAUCUGACCGGAGGUGACCAGAGCCCCCUGCCUCCCUGUACUCCUACGCCAACCUGUGCUGAUAUGCGGGAGGACAGCUCCAGAGUGUAUGAGAAUGUGGGUCUGAUGCAGCAGCAGAAGAGUCACAGAUGAGGCUCAGAAUCCAGCACUGUCCAGCUCACAGGAACCAUUUUUUGUUUUUGCCAGCCGCACCUGAAUGCCUGAAAUGUGAUCACUGCUACAUGGAAAGAUUAAAAAAAAUCAGAAAACAUUAAAAAAAAGGAGUUAAAAAAGAAAAAAAAAGAAAACGGAGACCAGUCUGUGAGGGCUCAAAAGACGUGUGGAUGGAGUUAACUUCAUUUCUCCUCCCUGCAAUGUAGCCUUUUUAACCCCCUUGCUAAGAAACCACUGUGAACAUCAUGAAGCCUUAUUCCUGAGAAGAGAGAGAGCCCCUGAGAAAUGAACUUCUACAUCUACGGAAUUCUCUGCAAUCAAUUCAGGCUACAAUUAGCAAAGUGUAGAGCGGAAAAAAGCUGUUGUUGUCUUGUUCUCCUUUUUCAUGUGUAUUUUUUUUUUUUUCUUCUUUUUUUGCUUCUGUUUUGUUUCUUUUACCAAAGGAAGAUUAUAUUAUAAUUAUUGCGAGAAGCAGUAUGUAUGAUUUUUCUCCAAGGAAGAGGAAGGCCUGUGCCAAACACCCAGCCUCACUUAGUCAUCCGUGUCUGCCUUUUUUUUCUAACUGAUAUGGGAACAAGGCAUAAGGGACAGAGUUUAAAGGGAUGUAUUCAUCGCGGAAGCAGUAUGUGUUUUGGAUCGAGUAGCCCAGACCUGUUACCGAAUAAAGUGUUUGCUGCCUGUUCUCAGAAGAAGCACCACCUUCAUGACUCAGACCGAGGAUGCCUUUCAGUUCCCGACGUGAUCAGUAUGAACGAGUGUGCUCUGUUAUCAAGGGUGCAGCUGUCAGCCCGUUCUAGUUUGUCCUUCAGUCCAAGCGUGCUCAUGUUGGGGCUCCUAUUGAUGACGCAUUCAGAGAAGACAAUCUCUCAGUUUGCCUUUUGUCCUUUGUGAGAAGAUGAGAACUGUCCUGACUGAAGGAAUCCUGGGACUUUUAUCAAGGGAAGGUCUUUAUUUUUUUUUUCCUUUUUACACCUGAUCCCAUCCUGAUUGUGUCAAAGUUACUGAAGCAUUACUGUGCGCAUAACACGCCACCUAGCAGGCCUCGCUGUUACCGCUUGGCCGCUGUGACUUUUUACACUUUGUUUUCUUUUUUUUUUAACAAUAUGCUGUUGCCUUUUUAAAAAAAUAAAUAAACAUAAAAAAAAGGAUCGCCUAUUACGUAUGUUAAAGCACCAUGUGAACUUAAUUUCUGAACCCCUGUUGGACGAAAAGUGACUGCACAUUAACAUGUCAAAAUGAGUGUCGGUUCUUAGAGCUUUGAAGUGCUGUUGGGUUCUCUAUGAUGGAAGAAUCUUGACUUUUGAUUGGGGCGUUUAUAUACGCAGUCAUCUGCCUAUAAUAUGUCCUCUUUCUUUUUUUUUUGUUUGUUUUUUUACACUAGUUUCACUGGCAGGUUCUGAUUACCUGUUACUGUCUUUACUUGUUUCACUAAACCAAACUUGUCUUUUCUGUUUAAGUGCUUGACAUUGUUAACAGUAUUUUUAAAUGAAAUUCCCACUUUGUUAUUUAAUGUGUUUUUCACAUGCUCUUGAACAUAUAUUCCCAGCCUCAUCAUUUCAAAUGUGUAGUGGAUUUCCCCACUUUCUGAUUGCCCUAUACACAUUUGACAGGCUCAGACCGUAUAUUCAUAGCCUUAUGAAUGUAAUUCUGCCCCUUGAAUUAUAUUCAUAGUAUUGGAAAUUGGCCUUUUCUCUUAGUAUAUUCACUUGGCCUUGGAAAAAAAUGGCCUUCGAGGAUGUCUAAGAAGCUAAGUGUUCUUUGAUUCUGUUUUCUUACAGGUGAGGGUAGCCCGUUACGUCCGGGGUCGCAUCCAGUGUACUGUAGUGUAUCCAUUUAUUGUACUGUAGUGUGUAUGAGUGCGAUUGUCUAACUUGUGGAGUGGUUGUGUUCUCUGUAUGUGUGUGUGAUAGGGUUGUUUGUACAUCUUGAGAAUACUGCUGAUAAGCUGUCAGCUUCUUGAUGCCUGCUCUUUUUCACUUUUUAGGUUGCCAUACACACUUUGGUCAUUCACUUAAAUUCACAUAGAUACAUGUCUUCGACCAGCCCCGCUUUUUUUUUUUUCUCACUUAAUUUUCUGUAUGUCCAAAUCCAUUCCUCUUCAGAGUCACUACCAUCACGUGAGACUUGCAGCCCCAAGCAAACUAAUGUGAAUUUUGUCAUCCUGAAGAGAAUACGUGGAAAAUGAACUCAAUGCAAACAAACUAUAUUUUUGAACUUGUAUAUUGUACAUGAAUAUCUUGUAGAGGAGAAUGUACUUACUAAACAUAUCUAAUUGCCAAUAAGAUAUACUGUAUGUUUAACCCAGCAACUUUCUCAUGGCAGAAUGUGAGCGUUGCCAAAAAGCUAAUAAAGGUUUAUUGUGUUGUUCAGCUAUCAAUGCAAUUAACCAUUUAUCAAUUUGUCAAUAACAAUAAACAACAAGCUCACGUCUUUA